CCUUUCUAGAACGAGAGCGACCCCAAUCCCUAGCGACCCCAAAUCCCUCGCCGCCGGCUGCACCCCAAAUCCCUCGCCGCCGGUUGCACCCCAAAUCCCUCGCCGCCGGCUGUUCCUCAAAUCCGUAGCCUCCCCAACCUCUCAUCUACGCCCUUGCUCUAUUCCUUGGGUUGUUGACCACCAACCCGUCGCCUCUGCAUCGAACAUGGCCGUCCUCGUCCGAGCCGUCGUCGUCACCGUUCUAGCCGCCGUUGCCGCCCCAUCCUCCUCCAACCACGGCCAUUCCCCAUCCAGAAUUUGUUAAAUGGCAGAUCGUACAUGGAUGUAUAGUGGUUGGCAGUUUGGUGAAAUUACUUCUAACCUAUGGCUUGAACAAACCAACCGAUUUCUAGACCAUGCAUUCUCUUUUCCUGGCGUAGCCGAAGGUUGUAAAAUCAAGUGUCCAUGCUGCAAUGAAAUCUGGACUCAAGAAUUGGGAUGGCAGUGGUAGCACCAGCACGACCCUCAGCGGGAAGGCAAAAAAAAGCUUUCAAUGAUUACUCUGAUUUGGCUAGAGCCGCACAUCCUGAUGAUUGGGAGCAGCGAGAGUUGGAUGGGCAAAUAUUAUAUGAAUCAUUAGGUGGCAUUCCCCAUGGGCGACUAGCAAUAGCAGGUGAGGCAAUCAAGAAGGCUGAUGUUAUCUCAACGGCUAGAGAAAAGAAAUUGAGGCUGUCAACUUCAGCAGCACAUCAACGAACUGUUCAAGAAAAUGAAGAGCUGAAGCGACAUAAUGAGAACCUGCAGCGACAUAAUGAGAACCUGCAACAUAAAGUUGAUAUGCAUGAACGAAUCCUAGUGGCCCUUUUUAAGGAGAUGGGAAAAGAACUACCAGCGGAGCUACGCCAAGGAGCGAGUUCCCAACCACAUGGGACACCUAAUUCAUCUCAUAUGAAACCCCAAGCCGCCGAUGACAACACUGGUGAUGAUGAUUUGGGUACAAAUGGUGGUGCUGACAACUCCAGUGGGAAUACCAGUGACCAGGCCAUCGACGCAACUAACCUUUGCACAACUAACGUUGGCAGUGCCUUUUGUUGACUUAGAGCUAGACUUUUUAACUAAUGGUGGUGUUGGCAACAAAGCAACAUUUUGGUAGUUGCAAGACUUUAGAACUAAUGGUGGUGUUGACAACAAGAUAACAUUUUGGUAGUUGCAAGACUUUAGAUGAACUGUGAUAUAAUUUGCUUAUAAUGCUUUGGAUAUGCAAAGCUGAAGCUUAUGCUUGCGAACUGAACAAUUUAUCUUUUGUUGUCUCUGAGAAGUGUUAUGUACAUUGCUUCUGAUGCUUUGGAUGUGCAAAAUUGAAGCUUAUCCUUCCAAUU